AUGGUGGUCAAGGUCUGCCUCAUCGUCCUUGGUGUGAUGGGCAUCGUUGUUGUGCUCGAUGACUCCAUUCAGGAUCAUGGCGACUACCAGCACCUGGCUCACCUGGAUCGACUAGUGGCCUCCCUUUCGGGACUCGGGCGCUCCGACGACCUUUGCGCUGCUGCCACCGGCUUUGCAGAGGCCUCGCCCCAUCGGCUGCUGAUGGCCGGGAUCGGCCCGCUGCUUUGGACGCAGCAUUCCUGCGAAUGCUGUGCAGCCAAUACCACAGCAGAAUUCGACGGGACCUGGCUGCAAGCAGCACGUCGGGCCAUGCGCAAGGCGCCUUUCCAGGCCCAUGAGCUUCGCAUGGUUUGCUAUCCGAACGAAGAUUGCUCAGGUUCGCCUUCCAGUGUAGCGGUCCUCGACACGCACGAGUCAGUGCGAGGGGAGGCGGAGGCUGACAUAGUCUACACAUUCAUCGUGGUAGUCCUGAUGGUUGUCUUCGCCCUGGCCUUCAUGCACGCGCUCAACAAGAACUCAGGUUUUCGGAUCUGUCACCAAGCAAAUCUUGCUAUGACAGGCUUCGACAUGGCCGCAAAGGAGGACGCGCCCCGCUUUUCCCAGUGGCGCCGCGUGACGGCUUUGGCCGGAGUCGCCCUGGGCACCUGCUUGCUUGCGCCAUUGGCUGUCUCCUGCGACGCCCGGUCCAGUCUGACAGGAGAGCUGUGUGAGCCCGCGCAGAAUUCUGGCAAUCUGCGCGGCCGCCGCCUCUCUGCGCAUCACAUCGUGCACCAUGUCUACGGCGCCGGGCAGCAUGUGAUGCAGCAUGCCUACGGUGCUGGAAGCUCUGUGGCUCACCACGUCUACGGUGCCGGAAGCAGCAUGAUGAACCACGUCUACGGUGCUGGAAGCCAUGUGGUGCACCAUGUCUACCAUAGUGGGUGUAUGGGCCUGAAGAUUCGAAGGAAAUCCACAUCGUCUCCGGACACCACGGCUACCACAUCGUCGGUGGAGGUAGAAUCAACGAUUUCGGAUCAGAUCCGUUCGGCAACCGCUACAACAACCGUUACACCCACACCAUUGUCCACCACCACUAUGGCGGCCAUCCCGGCGAGACCUACUACGUUCACCCCGGCAGUCAUCAUUUCAUGGAUCACUUCGCUGACGGAGCGCACGUCGACUGCACCGACACAGGGAAUUGGUAUUACGAGUGGGACGCCCACAAGAAGCAUCUUUGUUGCUCCGCUGUCCACGUGGGCUGCCCUGGCACUUGGCGGGGUCCAGAGGACCAUUGGAUGGACUCCGACACAGUGGAUGGGGGCUUCUUGA